AUGACAGCUCCGUCACUCUCUGCUGCCCUCUGGCGAUCGACAGUCCCCGUCCACAUCACGCACCCCAACCACCCCAACACGCCAUUCAUCACCUCCCUCCCACGCUUCUCCUACCUCGCGCUCCUCCUGCCGCGCCUGUCGACCUUUUUCGGUGCGUCCAUCUCCAGCUUCCACUAUGAAGACGUGCAGCUGCGCAACCUGGCUGUCGGCGUGCUCGUCGACCUCUACGACCCCGUGCUGCCGUGGCGCGUGUCGGUCGGCGAGGGUGGGGGCUGGGACAUAAGCGACACAUUCCUCAACAGCGCCAAGGAGGCCGAUUUUGUGCGCAACGGCAACGCGAACCAGAUUAUGAAAAUGUCAAAGGACGACACGACGGCCCUCUGGCACGCCGUCGUCGACAAUGACCACGCCACCUUUCACAGGAUCAACGCGCGGCUCCUGAACACGCCCAGUCCGCUCAAGCACGUCCCGCUCCGCGUGUACAUCCCCGAGUCGGAUCCGCAGGUCAGAGAGGGCGUUGGGUCGUUCCGGAUCGUGCAGAGACUGGUACCGGCCGUCGGUCAGGACCGCAGACCGCAGACGCUAGGGGUGGUGCUGCGGAACAUGAUGCCAGAGCUGUUCCCGAGCGUGAGAGACCCGGUGCGGGUGGGCGUGGUCAUGCACGGGGCCAGUGUACCCUUUUCGGCACCGGUGGGGGAGCUCAUGCGCGAGGCAGCGUAUCCCGAUGGAUGGCUGUGUCUAGUCAUUAGGGUAUAG